UUUUUUUCUUCAUUUUUAUAACAAGUUGUAGACAAAUUCAAAAUGAAUGUGGAAAGUAGCCCUGAGAAAAUACCCAAUAUACAAAGAAUAAGUCAAAAUAAUACAGCAACUUAUAGAGAUUUAGUUAUUUUUGAAGAGCGAUUACGAAGCAAUAUGAUCAGACUACUAAAGAGAAAGAGAAAAUAUGAAUUAUUGCUUGUUAGUUUAUUCAUUUCUUUGUUCUAUUUCUUCUAUGCUGUAUUUAUUGAUCCAAGCAAAAAAUUUAUAAUUCAUCUAUUGAAUACGGUAGCUCUUUUAAGCAUAGCUGGAGGAUUAGUCUUCUUUUAUCAAUCUGGAAUGUAUUCAGAAAAAAUAGUUUAUGCUCAAAAAUUUGUUCCUCAUUGUAAUAAUUCAUUAGCUUCAUUUAAUUUAGAAUUUAACAAAGAACAAAGUGGCGGAUUAAGUUUCUUAAAUAAAAUACCGAAAAAAUUCCAAGAAGGGUUUGAAGCAUAUCGUAAACAAUAUCAUGCAAGAAAAAAGGCAAGACAGGCAAAACUAAAAAAAUCAAAAAAUAAUAGUAAGAAUACCACAACUACUACCACAACUAAUAAUACAACAGCAGCACUAUAAAUAAAAUAAAAUAAAAAAAAAAUAAAAAAAGGAAAAAAUCUAUUUUAUUAAAAGGGAAGGGGAUUUUUUUUCUAAA